GCAGAAGUACGGGCAGAAGGGAGCUAGAGAGAGCCUGAGCAGCACCACAAGGAAGGACGAGGAGAGGGGCAAAACCCACGACACGGCCGGGGACCCCACGUGCCGUUCCCACCGCGCCAUGUCCCUGGUUGAGACGAUCCGGCUGUGGCAAGAAGGGGUGUGCGCGGCAGAUGGGAAGGAAUGGAGGGCAGCCCUGGAUGCCUUCAUGGCCGUCCAGAACCCCCCUGCCAAAAUCUGCUUUAACAUCGGCUGUGUCCACCUUGUUCUGGGGAAGCUGGCCGAGGCGGAGGAGGCAUUCACCCGGAGCAUCGGCUGUGACAAGCACCUAGCGGUGGCUUAUUUCCAGCGGGGGACCGUGUUUUACUGGAGGCAGAAGCAUGAAGAUGCCAUCAAAGAUUUCAAAGAGGCACUGGCCCAGCUGCGAGGCAACCAGCUCAUCGACUACAAGAUCCUGGGGCUGCGGUACAGGCUCUUUGCUUGUGAGAUACUCUACAACAUCGCGCUGGUGUACGCCACGAUGGAGGACUGGAAGAAAGCUGAGGAGUACCUGACACUGGCCAUGAGUAUGAAGAGUGAGCCCCAGCACAACAAGAUCGACAGGGCAAUGGAAGCCAUCCUGAAGCAGAAACUCUGCGACCUGGUGGCCAUUCCCGCAGGGAAGCUGUUUAGACCAAAUGAAAAGCAAGUGGCUCAGCUGGAGAAGAAGGACUACCUGGGAAAGGCUAUGGUGGUGGCAUCCGUGGUGGACAAGGACGAUUUUUCAGGAUUUGCUCCACUCCAACCACAGGCCUCUGGUCCCCCACCCAGGCCCAAGACCCCAGAAAUCCUCACGGCCCUCAAAGGGCAGCCGCACCGCGUCCUGUACGAGUUCAUCCCCGAGACCGCUGAGGAGCUGCAGGUCCUGCCGGGAAACAUUGUCUUUGUCCUGAAGAAAGAGAAGGACAAUUGGGCUACGGUGAUGUUCAACGGAAAGAAAGGGAUCGUCCCCUGCAACUACCUUGAGCCUGUGGAGCUCCAGAACAAGCUGCAUAUCCAGGAAGAAACCCCUCUUGAAGCAGAGAUCCCAGAGUCACCCAGCUCUGCCACUCCAGAGAAGCCACGGCGGCCAGCACCAGACUACGUUCCUGCUACUGCAACACAGCCGAGAGACACAGCCAAGGAGGCCAAAGCAGCCAUCUCCAGCCCCCACAUCCUCAAGGUGCAUUACAAAUACACGGUCGCCCUGCAAGUCGAGCCAGGCCACUCCUACACAGAGCUCCUGGACCUGGUUUGCAAGAAACUGGAGCUCCAGCCCGAGCACGCACAGCUGAGGUACAAGCCUGCAGAGAGCCAAGCGCUGGUGACGCUGAGCACGGAUAACCUGGAGGCGGCUUGGAGCCAGAGCAAGGACAACUGUCUGACAGUCUGGUGCGACAUCACAGAGGGAGAAGGGUUUUUACCAGACAGCAAACCAGAGGAGUUGCUGCAGGAGCCAGCGCCAGAGGAGACAGGACCAACCCAGGUUGUAGCCCAGUACAGUUAUGAAGCCACCCAACCUGAAGACCUGGAAUUUCAGGCGGGAGAUGUGAUACUCAUUUUAUCCAAAGUGAAUGAAGACUGGUUAGAAGGCCAGUGCAAUGGGAAGAUAGGCAUCUUCCCAUCUGCUUUCAUUCAACAGUCUAACACUAAAGACCCAGAGGUGUGAUUUCAGAAGAGCUUAAAGUCAUGGACAUGGAAAGAAAUUAAGAAUUCAACUGUUACAAUUAGGAAGUGUCCAUAUUAAUCACUGCAUCUGAAGAUGAACUUUAAAUAUUAUUACUACUUGUAUUAAAAGCUUUAUUUUUUUA